AUGGCCAGGUUUAUUGCAAUCAUACUGACAUUAGUUAACUGUAUGCUUUUUGAGACAUCGGGACAGCUUAGCUGUAGUACAAAAGGUGUUGCGGGCUUAGCAGGGUGUGAAUGUAAUUUCUUCGGUGCUUGUGAUUUUCGUGGGAGAAUAAGGCCUGGCGUGGACAUAUUGAAGCACUCACCAAACGGUAUUGAACGGUACGCACAUAAAAAGGGUUCCUCUGGAAGAAACAUAGCUUUUUUAUGUGAAGGUAGUACGGUGGCAAUACUUUAUGACUGUAACAAUCGAAUACCACUUUAUGCAGCCACGGUAGUUAGCGGAGGCCAACUAUCGGCCAAAUUCGGCAAACGCCCAAGAGGAACCGGUGGUACAUUUCGACAAAGCGGGACAACACUGGAUUUAUAUUUUCAACAGGUCAAAAAUGACUAUGAUCAGGCUCUCAAUCAGGAAGUGAUAAUUUAUCAGACAAAAGGUGCAUCUGGGAUUGGCUUAAGUAUAAUAUUCGGAAGCAUGCUAUUUUGUUCUCGAAAAAGAGAGCCAAAGACCGAUCUGCUAUGGAAAAAAACUUACAACAAGUAUACGAGGAAGCGACUAAAAAAUUCGAACAGGACCCUUCCGACUCUAACCUAAAUACUCUAAAUGAAGCAAAAGAAAUUCUAGAAAGUUACUAUGAGGAAAAAACAAGGGGUGUAAUUAUUCGCGCAAGGGCACGAUGGCACGAGCAUGGCGAGAGAAGCACAAAAUAUUUUCUAAAUUUAGAAAAGCGUAAUCACGUCAAAAAACAUAUAAGAAAACUGCUAAUAAGUGGUUCCAUUACAUCUGAUCCUUUUGGGAUACUAAACGAACAAAAACGCUUUUACCAUAGCUUGUACAAAUCAAACGUAACAGAUGAGGAUAGGGAAAAUGGAGACGAAUUUUUAAAUAAUUUGAAUAUACCAAGAUUAUCAGAAGAACAAAAACAAUCUUGUGAGGGAGAAAUAUUUGUUGAAGAAAUUACAGCCAUCCUUAACAGUUUUGAGAAUAACAAAUCUCCUGGUAAUGAUGGAAUACCAAUAGAAUUUUACAAAAGUUGCUGGGAAUUAAUUAGUGAUCCUUUUAUGGAGUGUGUGAGAGAGUGUUUCGACCACGGUGAAAUGUCAAGCUCUCAAAGAAAAGCAAUCAUAACUCUGAUAGAAAAGCAACAUAAAGAUCGAACUCUCAUUGAAAAUUGGAGGCCAAUCUCUCUUAUUAACGUGGAUGCAAAAAUCAUCUCAAAAGUGAUUGCGUUAAGAUUAAAGAAAGUUCUACCGAAUAUCAUACAUCAUAAUCAAACAGGUUAUGUUGAAGAUCGCUAUAUUGGUGAGACUAUCCGAUCAAUUUUCGAUGUAAUGGAAUUUACAGACAGUAAGAAUAUUCCAGGUAUCUUGAUUUUCAUUGACUUUAAAAAGGCUUUCGACUCUUUAGAAUGGCAUUAUCUUUUCAGUUGCCUUGAGGCUUUUAAUUUUGGCCCCAAUUUUAUAAAUUGGGUCAAAAUGUUUUAUACAAAUAUUCAAAGCUGUGUAAUAAAUAAUGGAAUGGCAUCAGACUAUUUUACUUUAGAACGUGGUGUGAGGCAGGGUGAUCCUUUGUCCCCUUACCUCUUUAUCUUAGCUGUUGAAAGCUUGGCAAUCUCCAUUCGUCAAAAUGCUGAUAUCAAAGGAAUUAAAAUCGAAAAUUACGAAGCCAAGCUAUUGCAAUACGCAGACGAUACCACAGCAAUCCUGUCUGAUGAAAGUUCUGCAAAAACGUUAUUUCAAGAACUAGAAGUAUUUAAGAACUUCAGUGGGUUGGAGAUAAAUAGCUCUAAAACAGAAGGAAUGUGGAUUGGUUCGCUUAAAAGAAAAGAUGAAAAACCGUUUGGUAUUAAAUGGCCCAGUGAACCCAUAAAAGCUUUAGGAACCUUUUUACAUAUGACCAAUCAUUACUUUACGAAAAAAAACUUUCAAGAGAAAGUUGACAGCAUAAAGAAGCUGACAAAUAUAUGGUCAUCUAGAGGACUGUCCAUUUAUGGUAAAGUAACUAUAAUCAAAUCAUUACUUAUUCCAAAACUAGUUUUUAUAUCUUCGGUUCUUUCACCUCCAAGUAAAAUCAUCAAACAAGUGAAUAGUAUAAUUUUCUCCUUUUUAUGGAAUGGAAAGGAUAAAGUAACGAGGCUCUCUUCAAUAAACAGUUAUGAAGACGGUGGCAUAAAAAUGACAGAUAUUGAAAGCUUGGUCAAAGCUGUACGACUAGCUUGGCUAAAACGUGUUUUCAGCGAUAAUGAAAGUACGUGGAAAUUUUACUUGUUUCAUCUCCUACGUAGUGUUGGUGGUCUUUUACUUUUUAAAUGCAAUUAUGCAAUGAACGAUCUUUCAAUCAUCUCGGUUUUCUACAGAGAACUCUUAGAAUAUUGGUUAGAAUUUCGAAAUCUCUUUUUAGCUAACAAAGAACGGCUCUGUAUAAUUUGGAAUAACAAAGAUAUAAGAAUAGAUGGAAAACCAGUCUUUUAUAAAUCUUAUUAUGACUCGGGGAUAUGUAUUAUUAAAGAUCUCUUGUUCAAUCUCGACAAUAUAGAAUCCUUUAAUGCAAUCAAUAACAUAAUUGAGAAAGCUAAUUUUCUUACAUGGACAGGUCUCAGGCAUGCAAUUCCUUCUAUUCUGAAAACAAUAGAGUAUACUACCUUUACAGAAAAUACUUAUUUUACAAAGGGGAAUGAGAUUUUUGACAUAGCGGAAAAGAAAACGAAAGACUACUGCUCUUUAAUAAUAUCAAAUAAAGUACGAUUACCUAGUAAUGCAAGGAAUUUAGAACAUGAUUUUGGCUUACCUGACGAAGACUUACAACUGCUUACAACCCUCCCCACCCGACAGCACAGGAGCCUUACGUCAAAUCCUCUCAAUAUAAAGUUUUAAAUUCAAUACUUUACACUAAUACAAAACUUUUUAAAAUUGGAUAUCUCCAGCAUGACAAAUGUACUUUUUGCAAGACUGAACAGGAAACAUUAUGUCACUUUCUAUUUUACUGUCGGCACUCAAAUAUGUUGUGGAAAAAUGUUGAACAGUAUUAUUUAACAAUAACAAAGGAAUUUCACGGGUUGUGUUUACGAGAGGUUAUAAUUGGAAUAACGAUGUCAAAAUGCCCCUUGUUAAAUUAUCUGAUAUUAAUUGGUAAAUUGUAUUUAUGGGAUUGCAGAAAGAAACAGGUACUUCCAAACAUCGAAGGUUUCAAAUUUAAAGUAAGAAUUAAAUACCAAGUUGAAAAAUAUAUUUCCACUAAGAAUAAUAAAUUAGAAACCUUUUAUGAAAAAUGGCCAAAAGACAUUUCUCCCCUUUAAUUAAGUUCGUGAGUUUGUAAUUAAAAAUGUAAUCUUUUAUUAGACACUUUUUUUUUGUUUUUUUGUAUUUUUUAUUUUUGUAUGUGUGGUUAUGUUUUUGUUUUUAUUUCAGAGCGUACUGUAAAUAUUAAGUGUUAAUCUCUCUUUUAUCUACAUAAUUAAGUAUUAAUUAAUUCUUUGUAAAAUAAGCCUCAUUCGGCAAUUGCGCGGCUGUUUUGUGGCUGUUAUGUAUAUAAUUGUGAAAUGUAGAUAAUUGUAAGUAUGUCUGUUACUGCGGUUGUUUAGAACUUUGUAAUUAUUUUCUUUUUAAGUAGUUCUUUGUAAUUAUAGUAAUAAAUGUCUUGAAUAAAAAAAAAAAAAAUAAAAUAAAAAAAAAAAAAAAAAAAAAAAAAAAAAAAAAAAAAAGGCUCUCAAUCGAAAAAUUUACUAUAAAAUAAAGACACGAAGAAGUAUAAAACAGAUAAAAGACAAGGUUUGGUACGAAAAAUUGAACCCGACGCUAUUGUCGAACAAUGUUAAAGUUGCAGUGCACAGGGGACACAUGAUAGCAUCCCUGUACGGCAUAGGCGAUCUUGCGAAAAAGGUAAACACUUUCGUUUACACCAAUGCCAUUCCUCAGUUUGGCGUUUUCAAUUCAGGUCCAUGGAAAACCUGCGAAGGUAGGCUCAUUCGGUGGGGUCAAGUUUUUUGUUUAAGGGAGGGAACAGCAGAUGUGGUACGAAACGUUCAGAUGUUUAUUGUUGUUGGAGCGAUUCCGUCAACAUUUAACAACGGCCGCGAUCCCCUCAAAACAAGAUUCUUUGGCAACGGUGGAUUCAGUGACUACCAGGAUGAUACGAGUUUUCGUGUAAACGUUCCUUCAGCGAUGUGGACAGCUGCCUGCUGCACCUUUGAAUACAUCAAGGGCAGACGAACCUACUCCGUUACCAAGAAUACGGCAUUCUGGGGAAAAAACGUUCCAGGAAACGAUGAAUGUGAUAAAGUAUACGUGCAUAAGCUGGAAGAUAAGCUGACUCCGAAGGGAGAAACACAAAUAAACCUGUUCCCGUCCUCUAAAGAAUGCAGGAAUAUCCACAACUUUCAAGUAAUAUGA